AGGAAGGGAGUGCCGCAAGUGCAAUAUGCCGCCAAAGGGUGACAUGGCAGGUUCGAUCGAAACGAACCUCGUUCCGGAAACCAAUGGGUCAUGAAGGCGGUUGCUUGAGGAGCCGCCCAGCCUAGCGCUUACCUCGUAUGGCGUACUGUGUUUGUCAAAGCGUCCCCUUGAAGAAAUGACGAACGUCAAAGCUGGUCCGCGAUGGCUACCUUCGCCCUACUUAUAUCGUCUCGCCAGGUUUCCGCACCCACUGGCGUUUCUCAUGUUAAUGUCAACUGCAGCAUUUAUCAUUGCGCACGAUAUUCUAUUUGGUUAAAAUAAUCUCACGGGCUACGCAUUGUUCAUCUCAACAGCCAUGAUCGUCCCAAGGGUGUCCGCGCUGAUCACGAUUGGCCUCUUCCUCUCACAAGGGCGCAGCGCGCCUACGUCUUCUGCCAACCUUACCGCCCGUGCCGAGACUGCCGUCCCCCUCGGCGUCAUCAUCGAACACUGCACUGUUCCUGGUGUUGUGGCACUCACCUUUGACGACGGUCCGUUUAUCUACACCAGCCAUGUUCUCGACCUUCUAGACGAGUACGGCGCCAAAGCCACGUUUUUCAUCAACGGCGAGAACUGGUCUCGUGGCAUUGAUGAUUUCUCGACGCCAUGGCCCGAAAUUCUGAGGCGGAUAGACAGUUCAGGCCAUCAGAUCGGCUCUCACACGUGGUCGCACGCCGAUCUGUCGUCUGUCGACUCGGCCACUCGGGAACUCCAGAUCGUCAAGCUCGAAAAAGCGCUCUUCCACGUCCUCGGCAAGGCUCCCACCUAUCUUCGGCCGCCCUAUGCUUCUUGUUCGCAAGAUUGUCUGUCCGAAACGGAGCGGUUGGGGCUGCACGUGGUCAACUUUGAUGUCGAUCCCAAAGACUAUCUUCACAACCAGGAGGGCGACACCGGAGCAGCGGAAAAUUUCUCACGGGCCCUAGACGAGCACUGGUGGGGGGAUUCGUUCCUAGUCCUCAGCCACGACUCGCUACAGUACACGGCUGAGUACUUGGUCCCAUACAUGCUCGGGGAGAUUCAGCGACGCGGGUAUAGGGCUGUUACCGUUGGCGAGUGUCUUGGUGAUCCCGCCGAGAACUGGUACUGGACUGCAUGAGGGGGGGUUGAAGGG